AUGACGCAGCAAGGUGGCGACCCAGUCCCCUCUUCGGCGGCCUCUCCGCAGGAGGAUGUUACCGAUGUGACACACUCGACGGCGUACUUGGCGCUGAACGCGCUCCUCGACGAGGGCCAAGUCUCUGAAGAGCGCGCCGAUUACUUGAAGCAGAAGUUCAAAGACUUGCAUUCGCGUGUUCUCGCCAUCUACAGACGCGACAAUGCACUUCUGAAGCGCGCGCGGCAGCUGCGGAGCCGGCUUGAGGUGGAACGACAGCGUAUCUACACCUUCGGCGACGUCGCCAAGAAGGAUGACGAGGUGAUCCAGGCCCUAAAGCGCAGUUUAAUGGAGCACGAGCGUGAUCUCGCGGCUGCGCUGGAGCGCUACAGCGUCCUCCAGGUCGAGGUGCUUGAGUAUGACCGACGUAAGCAACACCUCAUUCUUGAGCGCCAGGACGCCAUUGCGGCUGAGGAGGCGCGUCUACGGCCCCAGAUGGAGUCCAUGCAGACGGAGAUCACAGAGAUGGGAGCCCACAUCAAAGAACUCGCUGCGGAAGUGGACAGGUGCCAAGCGGAGAAAGAUGCGCUCACCAAGGACGAGGCGCAGAAGAAGGAAGAGAUCGCCAACUUUGCGGCCACCCUGGCACAGGCGAAGCAGCAGCUACAGAACGUGCAGAGCGAUCCUGAGCGCGCGAAGAAGCAACUUGAGCUCGUCCAGGAGAGGCUAGCCGGCGCGCAGCGCGACCUCACCAGCACUGAAGAGAAGAUCUCGGCGCAGGCAGAGCGCAUUCAGGCGCUGGAGCUGCAGCGCAACAGCCGGGCCGAAGACUACGAGGCUGUCAAGAAGUGUGUGCAGACUCUACGUGCUGAGAUGGAUGUGAAGCGCAAGGCACUCGCCACGAUGAACACGUCGCUGGAAGUGGAUCUAGAGACACGCCAGUCUACUCAGGAGCGCGUUGCUGAGCUCGAUCAUCUCAUCCUGACGACGAAAAUAGCGCUUCAGCAGGAGCAGGACGGUGUCGAUCGCAUGGAACGUGAGCGCGAAAAGUGCAUGGUACUUUUCUCCUCCUUGGAGCGAGGGAAGGAGGACGUGCGACACGAGGAGGAAUCCCUGCAGGAGCAGAUUAGGCUUGUGCACAAGGAGCUGGAGCAGGUGAAGCGUGCCACGGCGCAGGUGGAGAAGGAGAUUCAGGCGCACCGCAAGGAUACUGAGGCCCGCACGAAGAAGCUGUUGUUUGAGCAGGCCAAGUCGAAGGAGUUUGUCAAGAAAGCGCAGCGGUUGCUCGCUGAGAUCCGCGAGACCGAGGAGACGAUCGCUGUGAAGGCAAAGCAAGACGACGUGAAGCGGCGGGAGCUGGCGGCUAUCGCGAUGAAGCGGCAGGAGCUCAGCCGAGCCAGCGCACGCGAGGAGACCCGCGCGUCUCUGGCGCAGCGUGAGCUGCAGAUGCGUGAGUUGUUAGUGAAGGAAGCACAGCGGCGCCACAGAGAGCUGGAAAAGCGGCUUAGUAAGGACAUGGAUUUGUUUCAAAAGGUGAAGCAGGAGCGGGCGCAGAAGGCUACACAAAUCCAAACGAUUGCGCACAUCAUGGCCCAGGUGGCGGAGAAGACAAAGUUGCUCGAGAAGGAGCUCGCCGUGCUGACGCGCGAGUUUACCCUGAAGGACCAGGAGAUCGCGAAAGCCAAGUUCCAGGUGCACGAGCUGACACACCUGUGUGCCAACCUGCGGCUGGAGAAGAACCGGCAACGCAAGCAGAUGGAGAAGGCUGCAGACAGUGAGCGGGAAGUGAAGGCCCAAGUGCGGCGCCUGAACACCGACAUUGCAGCGACAGAAGACACAAUGGCGGAUCUACGCCGCACCUACGCAGCGGCAAUCGAGAACCGCAACCAGACGGGCAUCGAACUCAUUGAUCGAAACGACGAGGCGGCGCUGCUCACGGCCCGCAUUAAGGCUCAGGAGGCAGCUAUCGCCGAAGGUACGCAGAUGACGAACGACCGUGCGAAUGAGAUGCGCUUACUCAAGGCAAAACUGAGCAACAUUCUGCACGACAUCGAGGUAUGCCAGCACUCAAUUCCAAAGGUGUCUCAGAUGGAGCUGGAGCUGACGCGAUUGAGGGAGGAGAUCGAGACAGAGCAGUGGCGCACACAGGUGCUUGAGGAUGACCUCACUGACCCCAAGAAUCCGCAUCGCUGGAAGCGAAUUCCGCUCGUGCUCCCUGGUGGUGUCGCCUUACCGACAGUCAGCGAAUCGCAAGCCACAGUGGCAGUAGCGGCAACUCAAACCCAAGCAGAUGGUGCAGCAGCAUUACGUAGCUCUUCCUCGUUUCCUGGCGACGCAGGACUUGCUGGGAGAAGUAGCGGAGGUGGCGGCGCGGCGCUGGUCGGUGGGCCUUCCGAAGAGUACGUACGCCUACAGGCUCGCUGCCAGGAGCUGGAGGUGCGCGUGCAGAACCUGAACGCCAAGCUACGCGAGAAAAGCCUGAUCCUCGAAGAGGUGACCGAGCUGGCUGCGCGAGUCGGCGACCAGGCGGAUGCCGGAAAGGAAUGCACACUGGCACUGGCGCGGCAGGUCAACGCGUAUCACAGUAGCAUCCGCCACAAAAGUCGCCAGAUGAUGGCAAGUAUUGCGGAGCUGUCCCUCUUUCAGGCCUCAAGCAUUCAGCUCCAGCAGGAGGCACAGCGUCUCGAGGCGCUCGUGGAGGAGGCCGAGGAGCGCUUGGAGGCCGGCGAGGCUCCGUUCGUUGAAGCUGAGCUGCAUUACGAGCGGAAGCGGCAGUGCCAGCAGCGCUACGCAGCCGCCCGUCAGCGACAGCGGGACACAGCACAGGAGAACGAGGCAACUUUUGGGAUGCAGAUGGUUGCCACCACGGCGGCCCCCCGCCCGAACGCAUACGUACCUCAGGACGACGACCUGGGCCUUCCGCGGCCGUAUGGGCCAUUUGCGCCGUUUAAAUCUUCACCUAGUGUGGCGUUGAACUCCCCUCGUGCGGAGCCGUGGUCGUCGUGUGGCGCUCAAGGUCCCUUGCCUGGACCGCGAUCUAUGGCACCAGUGUGCGGUUCCACACUGCCCUUCUCGGCAUCUUCUUCCCUGCCGGGGGCUUCGGCUAGUGUACUGUCUAAAGGCCGUGGCCUUUCCACGCCUCCCCCGCUUUCAACUACUACAGCGGCUGCUGCGACGACAUCGAACGCAGUCCCCUUCAGUAGCUCCAUUCCGACGCGACUGCAGUCACGCACCUCGCGAAACGUACGCGAUGGCGUGACCAUGGUGACUGCAACGCAUCAGCGAAACUCCACUGCCGCCCCGCAAGAGCAGCUGCGCGUCAGCCAGCGGAAGGGUCCCAACAGUGUCGGUGGUGUCAGCUACUGA